UGGCGGUGUCAGUAAAGCUCGUUAUUUAAAUGUCUCGAAUCUCUCAAUGCUGUUGUCUUUCUGCUCUGUAUUAGCAUAGAUAGCACAAUGGACGCUAGGAAAGAGCUUGAUGGUCUAACCUUCAAAGAGAUGAGGUUCAAGAUGUGCCGCUUCCUCGAAGAGCAAGGCGUCGUUAAUGAUCUUCGCGCGCGCCUGCGCUACAAGUUUGUCGAAGCGCUCACGAUCACUACGCAAAGCGCCCAGCGCUCUUCGCGCACGCUUCUCCAUCAGGUGAUCUUGUGGUUGAUCCAGGACUACCUGUCGAGCCAGGGCUACGAAUACGCGCUGUGCACGCUCGCCUGCGAGUCCGGCGUGAACCAGGAGCCGUUCUCUGUACGCGACGUGGAGGAGUUGCUUCGCCUGCCGCACUGCGACGGCCACUCGGUGCUUCAGCGCAUCGUGACACGCAUGAUGAGUCGGCCGGAGACCGCCUCGGCUCAGACCUCCGUAGCUGCUAUGCAGGGUGAGCACGCGAAAAAAGAAAAUUAUUGCACAAAUGUCAAAAGCACCACUUUCGCCGCACUUGGCAAAAGCACAUGUAGCGCCUUGAAAUUCCCGCUCAAACCCGCCGGGGCGUCACAGAGUUUAACGGCCAACACAAUUCUUUAUCGGUAA